UUGACUCAAUCGAAAUUAGUUCAGUUUAAAAUUGUUUAAAUAAUCAGGAUUUCCUCGAGUUAUGUUACUCUUACGGAUGAUAUUAUUUCUAUGUAUGAUUACCACACUAGGUUGUUCCCAAGACUGGGAUUUUUUUCAACAAAUGCCUGAUUCUAUCCUGUGGAAGGCGUCCUCAAUCACAGACGUUUUAUAUACACAAGCAAGUAAUAACUUGGCAAAAUGUGCCUUACUCUGCAAGAUUAACCCGUACUGUAAGGCAUUCUACUUUUAUCAAGAAACAUGUUAUGGAUUAUCAUCAAUAACAGCAGAUUCUUCGACAAAUGCUUUGGUUAAGGUGUUUGUGAAACAACCAGUAAAUGAGUGUCAUGGCGAUGGUUUUGUUUACUAUAAUGGUAUAUGUCUGAUGAUGAGCACAAUAUUGUUGACUUGGUAUGAUGCGAAAGACUACUGCGAGAGAAGAAAUAGUAACCUACUUGUGUUGGAUACAGAGAAGAAACACGAAGACAUGGUUGACUUCUUUGACCUCUACUAUCCAGGUGAAUAUGAUCAAUUCUUCGUGGGAGCAACUGAUGCUGAGAAUGAAGGACAAUGGAAAUGGAUAAUAUCAAAUUCAUCUAGUUAUUUCAAAUUCACCGGUAGUCAACCAAACAACAUGGAUCAACAACAUUCAGGUUACCCAGCAAACUGUGCAACCUUUUCAACUUCCAGAUUGAUCGAUGAAUACUGUCACCAGACCAAAAAAUUCAUCUGUGAAAUGUAGUUAUUCCUGUUUUGCUGAUGUUUAAUACAAUUACAUCAUUGCAAGCAAACUUAUCGAAAGAAAUAGAUAGAUUUACAUGUUAAAAAACUUUGUAAAAACUUGCACGCAGUAAUAUGCAUUAUAGUCCAUCAGCUAGUUCACAAAAACGCGCUAGUUAAGGAGUUUGUGUUACACCCCAGGGUACCGCGAUUUUUUUUGGAUAGAAUUCAACUUCAUUAUCUUAUUGAUAAAAUACAAGGUGUUAGACUAAAAUAAAAGUGUCCAAAAGAGGAUUAAAAACGUCCCUUCCAAUGGUCCCCUCAUUUAGCAAUCACGACUAAGUAAUUUUUAAUUAAGUUUUUUAAUAUAAAUCGAUUAAAAAAAAAUAAAGUAUAGGUUUAAACAACUAAAACAGAUACAAAACUUAUCAUAUUAAAUGUAACACGGAAGAUUUUUUGUUUAAAAAAAAAGUUUUUUACAUAACAAACAAUCCGAUUUU